CAAUACCAUUUUUUUAAACAGUUUAUAAUUCAUUGUUAGGGCCUUGGGCCAACUCUAAAAAUAACAAUUCUGUAAUAUUGGAAGGAAAUAGGACAACAAUACAAAAUGGUUGGAAAAUUUUGGUUAUUGGCAAUCUUCGGAUUCUGCCUUUUAUUUUCAUCUGUAAAAGCCGACGAGACAGAAGAUACACCUAAAGUUGACCCAGAUAUCGGAAAAAGUCAAGAAGCAUCAAAAACUGAUGAUGAAGUAGUUGCAAGGGAAGAAGAAGCUAUUCAGAUUGAUGGAUUGAAUGCAGCACAAGUAAAACAACUUCGUGAACAAGCUGAUAAACAUCAAUUCAAAGCUGAAGUGAACAGAAUGAUGAAGCUUAUUAUCAACUCUUUAUAUAGAAAUAAAGAAAUCUUCCUCAGAGAAUUGAUAUCUAAUGCUUCGGAUGCUUUGGACAAGAUUCGACUUCUGUCAUUGACUGAUGAAGAGGCUUUGAAAGCAACUGAUGAACUUUCAAUUAAAAUUAAGGUUGAUAAAGACAAUAAUAUCAUUCAUGUCACUGAUACUGGUAUUGGUAUGACAAAAGACCAUCUCCUGAAGAACCUUGGUACGAUCGCUAAAUCUGGCACCAGUGAGUUUUUCGAGAAAAUGAGUGACGCUUCAUCGAACCAGGCAGUAUCAGAUCUGAUUGGUCAGUUUGGUGUCGGUUUCUAUUCUUGCUUCCUCGUUGCCGACAAAGUUAUUGUGACAUCAAAACAUAACGAUGACAAACAACACAUCUGGGAAAGUGACUCCGAAUCUUUUUCAAUCGCCGAAGACCCUCGUGGAGACACUCUCGGCAGAGGAACAACGGUCUCACUCUACCUCAAAGAAGAAGCAUCUGAUUACCUUGAAAUUGAUACUAUUCGCAACUUGAUCAGAAAAUAUUCUCAAUUCAUCAACUUCCCCAUCUAUCUUUGGACGAGUAAGAUCGAAAAAGAAGAAGUUCCCAUUGAAGAGGAAGAAGAUUCUGCUGAAGAGGAAGUUAAAGAGAAGGAGGAGGGAGAUGAGGAUGAAGCAGAGGUUGAGGAAGAAGCAGAUGAAGAAAAGAAACCAAAAACUAAAACUGUCGAAAAAACUGUUUGGGAUUGGGAACUUCUCAACGAAACUAAACCAAUCUGGCAGAGACCAGUCAAGGAAAUUACUGACGAAGAAUACAACUCUUUCUAUAAGGCUAUUGCUAAGGAAUCCGCUGAUCCACUCACCAAAACACAUUUCGUAGCCGAAGGUGAAGUUUCAUUCAAAUCUGUUCUUUUCAUUCCUGGUGCAGCACCUAGAGAUAUAUUCCAGGAUUAUGGACAGAAAAAAGUCGACAACAUCAAGAUGUACGUCAGAAGAGUAUUCAUUACUGAUGAUUUCCAAGACAUGAUGCCAAAAUAUCUUCAAUUUGUUCGUGGUGUGGUUGACAGUGAUGAUUUGCCUCUGAACGUAUCUCGUGAAACACUCCAACAACACAAACUUCUUAAAGUUAUCAAGAAGAAAUUGGUUCGUAAAGUGCUUGACAUGAUCAAAAAGAUUCCCGCUGAUCAAUAUAUUGAAAAGUUCUGGAAGGAAUUCGGAACAAACGUGAAACUUGGUAUUAUGGAAGAUCACAGCAACAGAACAAGACUUGCAAAACUUUUGAGGUUUUUCAGCUCAAAUUCUGAAACCGAUGUCACAAGUUUAGAAGAAUACAUUGAACGUAUGAAGGAAAAGCAGGAUAAAAUUUAUUUCUGUGCUGGCAAUGGUCGCAAAGAGGUUGAAAACUCCCCAUUUGUUGAGCGACUUUUGAAGAAAGGAUACGAAGUCAUUUAUCUUACCGAACCUGUGGAUGAAUACACCAUACAAGCUCUUCCUGAAUUCGACGGAAAACGAUUUCAGAAUGUUGCCAAAGAAGGAUUGGGAUUGGAUGAUGGAGAGAAAGCUAAAGAACGCAAAGAAGCUUUAGAAAAAGAAUUCAAACCUCUGCAGGAUUGGCUGAAAGAGACUGCUCUAGCUGAUCAGAUUGAAAAGGCCGUCAUCACAGAACGUUUGACAGAUUCUCCUUGUGCUCUGGUUGCAAGUCAAUAUGGAUGGUCCGGUAAUAUGGAACGUAUCAUGAAGGCUCAAGCUUAUAAGUCUCAAUCAGAUAGUAGUUCAAAUUUCUAUGCAAAUCAGAAGAAAACUUUAGAAAUUAAUCCAAGACAUCCUUUGAUCAAGAAUCUUCUGGAAAGAGUUGAGGCUGAUAAUGCUGAUGAUCAGGCAAAAUCAAUUGCGCAAGUUAUGUUUGAUGCAGCAGUAUUAAGAUCUGGAUAUACAUUGAAAGAUUCUGCUGAUUUCUCCAAACGUAUUCUCUCAAUGCUCUACAAGAAUCUCAACAUUGAUCCAGACACUCCGAUUGAGGAGGAGCCUGAAGAUGAGGAAAAAGAGGAGGAAGAUGAAGAUGAGGAGGAAGUAGAUGCUGAUGAGGAGGAUGAAGAAGAAGAUGAUGGUGAGGAUGAAGUGGAAGAGGGAGAUGGUGAAGAAGAAAAGAAAACCGAAGAAGAAUCUCAUGACGAAUUGUAAAGCUGAAAAAACCACUAGUCACUGUACGUACGUACAACUACGUGAAAGCCUGUUGUUGCCAGCACAUAAAAAAAAUCAUGAUUUGAAAAAUAUGAACAAUUUGUGAACAGUUUUCAUAUUUUUCAAAGUUAUCUAAUGACCAAACUUCGUUAUACAUCCAUUUUUCGUUUAUAAAGAAGCCUUAUUUCUUGUCUGUUGUCCAUACAAAAUUCAUUGCAGUUAAAGUUUGUUCAGACUUUAUUAAGUUUUCAAAUUUCAUAUAGAAGCUGCUGUAACCAAUAUGCGCGCUAAGCUAGAAACUGAAGUACUAGUAUAUUAUUUGAUAUCUUCAUAGUAGAAAAGAGUGAUUUAUAACGUUCCUUUUGUUUUAACAUACCUGGAAUGAAGCACUUUUGCCUUCGCAUACCUUCAAGUGCUAACUUUCUGUUAUUUAUAUACCGGCGAGCGUAGAGUUGAAAUUAUUGUGUUUGUUUAUUUCAGUUAAGUUUCAGAGGUCACGAUUCAGAGAUUUGAAGUUGGAAUACAUUCUAAGCAACAUUAUCAACGAAUAAAACUUGCUUUAUUUGUGAUUCAAUUUCAAAUCUUUGUGUGAUCUGUUAACAUCGUGAUAUAUAACUUUGUGCAGUUUUCAAGAAUUACUUCGUUCAUGGGGUGGCCUCUGGUCUAAUAAUGUUUUGAAAGUUAUUGCA